CCGGACCGGCGAGCGGAGCAGGCGGCCGGCUCCUGAGUCUUGGACUUCCCCGGGCCCCUCCCCCGGCCCUGCCCCCGGCCCGCCGCGCCUCCCUGCAGGGGCUAGCGCGGGCGGCGGCUCCGCGGGGGCGGGGCUGCGGGGAUGGCUGUGCCCCCUCCGGCUUCCCUGCCGCGCUCGCCCAGCUACCUGCGCGGGCGGGCGCCUUGCCCGCAGUGCUCAUGGGGCAUGGAGGAGAAGGCGGCGGCCGGUGCGGGCUGCCGGGAGCCUCCGGGCCCCCCGAGGGCGGCCGCCGUCCCGAGCUUUGCCGUGUCGGUGGACCCUCACGACAUCCUCCCCGGAGCCCUGCGCCUCAUCCGGGAGCUGCGGCCGCGCUGGAAGCCAGAGCAAGUUCGCACCAAGCGCUUCACCGAUGGCAUUACCAACAAGCUGGUGGCCUGCUAUGUGGAAGAGGACAUGAAGGACUGCAUGCUGGUCCGGGUAUAUGGGGAGCGGACGGAGCUGCUAGUGGACCGGGAGAAUGAAGUCAGGAACUUCCAGCUGCUUCGAGCACAUGGCUGUGCCCCUAAACUCUACUGCACCUUUCAAAAUGGGUUGUGCUAUGAGUACAUGCCAGGUGUGGCUCUGGAGCCUGAGCACAUCCGGGAACCCCGGCUCUUCAGGUUAAUCGCCUUAGAAAUGGCCAAGAUCCAUGCCAUCCAUGCCAACGGAAGCCUGCCCAAGCCCGUACUCUGGCAGAAGAUGCAGAGUUACUUCAUGCUGGUGAAGAAUGAGAUCAACCCUAGCCUCUCUGCAGAUGUCCCUGAGGUGGAGGUGUUGGAGCAGGAGCUGGCCUGGCUGAAGGAGCACCUGUCCCAGCUGAACUCCCCUGUGGUAUUCUGUCACAACGACCUACUUUGCAAGAACAUCAUCUAUGACGGUGCCAAAGGUCAUGUGCAGUUCAUUGACUACGAGUACACUGGCUACAACUACCAAGCAUUCGACAUCGGCAACCACUUUAACGAGUUUGCAGGUGUGAACAGCGUGGAUUACAGCCGCUAUCCUGCGCGGGAGACCCAGCUGCAGUGGCUGCGUUUCUACCUCCAGGCGCAGAAGGGCACAGCUGCGACCCCUCGGGAGGUGGAGCGGCUCUAUGUGCAAGUCAACAAGUUCGCCCUGGCCUCCCACUUCUUCUGGGCCCUCUGGGCGCUCAUCCAGAGCCAGUACUCCACCAUCAACUUUGACUUCCUCAGGUACGCAGGGAUCCGAUUCAACCAGUACUUCAAGGUGAAGCCUCAAGUGUCAGCCUUGGAGAUGCCAAAGUGACCCGCUCCCCAAUCCUCUCCUACCCGUCUGUGUAGCUCUGGGGUCUGCAACCUCGGACAAGAGCGGAGAGGGGACAGGAAGAUGCCAGGAAGAAGGCCCCCUGGUGGAUGCCACCUAAGACCUCAUUCUCCUGUCUGGAGAGGCUGACAGACCCCAUCGCCAGGGGCUCCUACACCUCUCCAGGCUGGGAAGGAAGUGCCUGCAGACCGCCAGGGCCAGGGCCACCUCUGCUCCAGAGAAGCACACUAUUCCCAGCCCUAGGCCUGCUGGUACUGGGCUGCCUUAGAUGUGUCUUUGACCCUUCCUGGCAGGGGAGGGAAGGGUCCUUUCUACCUCCGCUGCGCUACCCCAGCCUCCAGCGUGCCCACACCUCCCUGUGCCAGGCCCCACAUGGGAGAUGCUGAGCCCCAAGCCAACCUCUGGCCAACCCUGACUGCUUAAUGUCCACAGUCUAGGGAAGGGACCUGGAAUCUAACCCGGUGGCUACAGCUUCCUGGCCCAAGCCCGCCCUCACGCCCAGACAACACCUUUUUCCCAAGCUGCAGACAGAAAAUAAUUCCUUCCACGCUGUUCUCUGCAACCUGCUGGCGAGGCAAGGAUGUGGUCAGGCUGACCCUCCAAAGCCUGGCUCUUGUGGCUUGGCAGAGGAGACAUGGCUAAGGGUAGAGAGGCUGGUACCAGGGCCUCCCUCCCAAAGGUCUGCUCCCUAUCUUUACCUUUCAUCCCAGAGUUGACCCAAGAUCUUCCCACUUGGGAAUGACUGACUGGGGUCCAGAAGCAGGAGACCAGGGGUGUUGGUCCUUCACACAGGGACCUGGGCAGGACCAGAUCAUGAAAUUGCCUCCAUCUCCCUUCUGUCCUCAAAACUUCUCCAGGGUCCUCCUGGCUCUGGCUCAUGAAAGUGUCUCAUUUGUAAAUUAUCAUGGUUUUAUGCAUUAAAGUGCUCCUUUCUGGA